CACGAGAGAAGGCAAGGCAGUGCUACUCGGAUGUUGAGCCUGUUAUGAUCGUGCGCUCGUUCACUCUCCUUACAUCAGCCUACACUAAUUUAUCGCUCUCUUGCUCGCUUGCUCUGGUUUACUACGUGUGUGUGCGCUUGCGUGUACUGAUUGCUCUUUCAUAAGCUCAACUGGCUGGCUGGCGUAUAAUUUGUUUUUGUGUGUCCCUCUUUGUUUUGAUUCGCUGCUGAUAAAAAAAAAAUCAUUUAUUCAAAGUAACACAACAAUAAAACACAAAACAGCAAAGGCAUGGAAAUGGAAAUAAGAGAUACUAUAUCUCACAAUAUUGAACCAAUUUAUUUCAAUUUUAUUUUGCACCUCGAAGGCAUCAGUUGUGCGCGCGUUCGCUCGGUCUAAAUUUCAAUGAUUAGCUAAGAAUCGUGUGCGACUUCGUAAGGCUGUGUUUCGUGUGCGUCUUCGUGUUCCUGCUCGCUUAUUUCGCGCGUGUGUGUGUGUGGGUGUGUGUAUUAUUGACUGCGUAAGAAAAGCUUAAAAUGCAGUGGCUGCAGGCAAAACUCCUGUACAUAACAGCUGUGUUCAUAGCAUGUUUUCAAUCUGUUUGCGUCACCGGCAUUUGUCACUGCAUCCGUAUCAAGGACUGUCUACCCUUCUCUCGCAUGCUCCUGCAGCACAAGAUCGAGGAUCGUGCCGCCAUCUUUGCGAUGGUUCACGCAGCUGCCUGUGGCUUUGAAGGACUCGAUCCACUCGUCUGUUGUCCCCAUCAUGAGACACUGUUGCAUGGCAAUCGCAUAAUACGUGUGGCGCCGCCCCCAGAUCGCUGGGUUUGGGAUGUGGCCACAAGAUCGCGGUCCAACAGCGUCUUCGAUGGACAUGCGGCUCAUCAGAUGGAAAAACAGCUGCAUGAUUAUCACGACUUCGCCGCACAACGUAAUUGCCCCCAACCUAUUGAGGAGGAAAUGGAUGAACACCACUUUCAUUACCAUUAUCGCAUCGAUCACGACGAGCAGCAACCACGACGACGUCCACCGCCGAAGGAUCGUCCCAUUGUGUUUCCCGGUGAUUUGCGUUUCGACGACUCCAUCGAGAGCAAGGCGCAAGGAGAACUUAUGGCCGCUGCCAGCCAGGAGCAAGUUGUAAGCCAGCCAGGACCCGCUUCAGAAACAAGCACACCGCCCCCUUCGUCGGCUACAACGCCCACGGCAGAGUUUGCGGCACGUCUGAAUACCGCAGACUGUGGCUCGAGUUUGAGAACUCGCAUUCUGGGAGGAGAGGAAACGCAACCAGGACAAUAUCCUUGGCUGGCAAGGAUCGCAUACCGCAAUCGCACAAAUGGUCGCAUCAGCUACCGCUGCUCGGGCUCCCUCAUUGCCAGUGACUACGUGAUUACAGCUGCACAUUGCGUUGUUAACUUGGUCAGCGAUUUAGAGAUUUUUCAGGUGCGCAUAGGCGACGAGAAACCAGGUGCACAGGACUGCGCAGCCAGUGCUGCCAAUAAUUGCAGUGCACCCAAUCUAUUUGCGAUUGCCCGAGUUAUAGUGCACCCCAACUACGAUCAGCCGAAGUAUGCAAACGACAUCGCACUGCUGAAUUUGAGAACUAAGCUAGUGAGUUUCACGCCAAUCUGCUUACCUUUAAACAGCACUGCUGCGCUUGCGAAUCGAUUAAUUGGCCAAAUGGGCGUCGCUGCCGGUUGGAGCACAACUUCGGAAAUCAACGGCAACAACAACAACAGUUCGGCAAACUUUACAAGCUCAGCUUCAGCGCGUUUCAUUCGAUUACCGAUAGUCAACACAACGAGUUGUGCGAUAGCUUAUGCCAAUCUGAGCGAGAACUUUCAGCAACCGAUUGUCAUCACGCCGAAUCAUCUCUGCGCCCAAGGACAACCGAUGAACGAUGUGUGCCGCGGCGACAGCGGCGGACCGUUUAUGGACGACGGCACCUCGGGGAUUCUGAAUUCCAAUGGCCGUUAUACGUUGCUAGGAAUUGUUGCGUUUGGGCCAACACUUUGUGGGGUUUCCACUAUUCCGGGUGUCUACACGGCCGUUAGCUCCUUUCUCAACUGGAUCUUCGAUAGCAUUACAGCAAUGCCAGUGGCUAGCACAUGAGCGGCUGCAAAGCUAUUCUUUCUUUUUUGUAUAUGCCAAAGCUUACCAAUAUACAUAGAAUUA